AUGCUGGCCAGUGGACAAGUCGCUGGCCAUCUGCCUACAUGGCGCAGCUGCAGAAAUCGUCUUCGUCACGACAGAAUCGGCUUCGGAAGGGAGAUCAAACAAAGCCACCAGUUCAACGGGCGAGUGGCUAGACGAACAGGUUCUAGUCGUGAAUCAGAGACAAAGCGCGAACUGUCAAAAGAAGAGUACAUGGGAUCAACAAUCCUAGACAUGUUUGAUCCAUGUUUGCUAACGGCCAAAUGA